UUGAUGCCUUAGAAGUGAUGCUGUAUAUUUUACAGGGGCAGCGGAUCUUGUAGAUGGCCCCACUUCCGGGGGCAGAGCUGGUCCAGAGGCCACUGCAGCUCUACCGGUACCUGCUGCGCUGUUGCCAGCAGCUGCCGACCAAGGGCAUCCAAGAGCAUUACAGACAUGCCAUAAGGCAGUACAAAAAACAAAACUGAGAAUCCAAGGCCCAAAGUGUGAAGCUGUCCUAAAGACGUUUGAAGCUGAGAGACCUCUUUUCUUCUGGAACUAACUGGCGGCAGCACUUUUAGAAUCCUCACUGGCUGAGAGAACAAAAAGUCAGAGGGAGACCUCGCCUUGGCUCAGAUGGCCCUUCUCACCUUGCUCCUGACGCCGGCCUCCUGCAUGUUUGCUCUGCCGGCCGCCACUUAUGACUUGGGAUUUGGGGAGAAUGUGGGUUUUUUGUUCUUUAUCUCUUGUUUUUUUGUGGGUGUGUUUGUGUUUUUUUACUUUGCCCUGAAAGUGGCUCAUCUAAUCUGGAGGUCUCUUAACCACUCUUUGAGACCCGGGGCAGCCGUGUACUCAGAUGGCAGCCUGAACAGAAGGAGGAACACGGGCUCCAGAACCAGACAGAUCCGGAUGUGAAUCCCAGCUCAGCUGCUUUUCAAGAUUUUUUCAGGUUCAGCUCCCGCCUCUGCAAAAUGAUGAUUCUAGGGUUAUUGGGAAAGUUAAAUAAGAUUAAGUCGAAGUGCCUAACAUGGAAUAUGAUACAUGAUUAUGCCAGUAGGUGUUCCCACACCGCUCUCUCCUCUGCUCCUGUAGCGCUUGGGCCAUCUCUGCUCUAGCACACGUGAUGUCAGGUCUUUGUGAUUUGUUUAUUGGCUUGUCCCUUGAUGCAAAGAAGACUAGUGUCCUGUCCCUACUUGUACCCCUGAGCCCUCACAGUUGCGUGGUACCCGCCCAGCAGC